GCUCUGUGGCGGAGUUGUGUUGUGUUGUGAUGGUCGGCGAGAAAGUUUUUUGGCGAAUUCUCUGGUCCGUUUCGCGUUGCGGAGCAAGAAGAGAAGAUUCUUAAGAGAAAUAGCGGGAUCGGAACCCUCGGAAGUCAAUGGGAUAGCCAGCAGCGCGAGUAAGAGCGGAGAUACUUCCAGAAGAUUCUGCGGGAGCCCAGGUUUACGGAUCUUUUCACCAUAUGUAGUUGGGAGGGAAGAUCUGCUGGGCUAUAAACGCCCUUGAAAACUGUCACAGUGUUUGUACAAAAGUGUUUGCGGAUAUUUGCACAGAAACCCUUCUCAUGCAGGUUAAUGACGGGUCAAGGCACCAGGAAGCAAAUCCCAAGACCCUUAAGGAGAUGGAGAAGAUGACAGAGGAACUGCACGUACAGGCAAAGGAACAUAAUGCUAACACGGAGGUUCAGACUGAACGAGAAGAUUUUUCAUCAGAUGAGCACCGUGACACAUCAGAAUCUCCAAGUGAAGAGAGCAAGCAAGAGAAGGAAGAAGAAAAGGAAGAACAGUUAAUGGAAGAAAAGAAAAGGAAAAAAGAGGACAAGAAGAAGAAAGACGCCACUCAGAAGGUUACAGAACAAAAAACCAAAGUGCCCGAAGCGACGAAGCCAAGCCUAAGCCAGCCUCCAACUGCCACCUCAGUUGGCAGUGUUUCAACACCAGCCGGCAACGGUGGUAACAAUGCCAAAAGGGCGGUGGCCACCAACGGCCAGCCACAGAACGCCGCCCGCUAUCUGCCCCGUGAGGUGCCUCCUCGAUUUCGCCAGCAAGAGCACAAAGUGUUACUAAAACGUGGUCAGCCCCCUCCGCCUUCCUGUGGACUUCUUGGAGGUGGGGCGGGGCCUCCUGGGUUGCCAGGAUCAAACCCUGGCACUGCACAACCCAACGGUCCACUGCAGCACGGCAGUACACCAGUGGACACAAACCCUGGGGGUGCUGGUUCAAAUUAUGCAAAUUCUCCUUGGGGUUCUGGAUCAUCCAGCACUGACCUCAACCACGGCUGGGAUAAGUUAAUCGUAGACGGGUCUGAUAUGGAGGCUUGGCCUUGCAUCACAGGCAGAGACUCUGAGUCGGCUUCGGAACACAUAGAUAACGAAGGUGCCUCAAACCUUGGCUCUGAGAAGAGCCAGCCACCUGGAAGUGGCGCUGCCAGGAGUUGCAAAGGAGCUGCAAACCAGUUCGCUGCUGGGGGCGGAAAGAAUGAAUGUAAAAUGGGGGCCUGGAACAUGGGCCUUGUGCCUAAACCCAGUCACGCAUCUUCCAUCUCUUCGGAGAGCAAAGACGGACUUAACAAUUGGAAAAACUUGAGCAGCCCCGAUGGAGCUGGCCUUGGGUUGACCUUGAACCCAAACAUCAACCCAUCGGCCUGGCCAGUAUUGGGCCAGGAGGGCACUUCUGGAAAAGGGACUUUGGAGACGGACAUUUCGAGCUCCAGUGCACAACUUAGUGCAGUAGGUCAAAGCCCUAGGGAUCAGGAUGGUACUUCUACAAGCGCCUGGGCAAAACAGUCUAAAACGGAAAAUGCGGGUGUUACAUGGAAUGCUUCUGUUGGAGAACAGCCUCAAUUUCAAGCUCUUAACACUGAUGGACCAAAUAAUGGCGACACUAACUCUUUGAAUGCAAGCUCACAGAGCACUGGGAACCCUUUACAAAAUAAGGGAGUGUCUGAAACAACAGGGAAUGGGACCUGGAAUAUGCCCUUAGGAAUGGGUUUGGGAAACCCCUUGGUUUUGAAUCAAUCUGUGAGCACUGAAGCCUCAUCCGAAGGCAGUAUUAGAGGAACUAUGGAGGGACGGGCAGCUGGGGGUACUUGGAAUACAGUUUGGGGGUCUUCUGGAACUGAUUCCAUUUCUGGACAAAAUGGUACAGGAGCUGAUGGCAAUAAUGGACGCAGUGGUGAUGAUGCAGCAAAGAAUGGCUCUGGUGUGAAACAAUUACUUGUGAAUAGAUCAAGAACUGAAUCGUGGGACAAUAAUGGUGGAUCCUGGGACUCUGAGACACAAGACCCCAACAAAGCAAAAAACUGGGGUAAAGGGAACAGAACAGCAUCUGGUAGUGCUCAGGGUUUGUGGGGUCAACAGCCAGGGACUGAUAAUCAGUCAGAAGGAGAUUGGGUUGGCUCUGCUAAUGAACAGAAUUGUGGCACAGGCGGAUGGGACAAUCACAGGGUAAAUCCCCUCCCAGAAAACCAAGGAGAGAAUUCCCAAAUUUCCAACUGGGCAAAAGCCUCUAGUUCCACUGGGAGUGACUCUGGUAGUCGAAGCAACAACAAAAAGGGGGGCUCUGACAACCACCCAGGAGGACGGCGCUCAAACAAGGCUGAUCAUCCUGACCAAGAGGAAGUAUUACAAACUGUAAUGAACAGGGCUGAUCUAGACCCAAGAGUGCUGUCAAAUACAGGGUGGGGCCAAACUCAGAUAAAGCAGAACACAAUUUGGGAUGUCCAGGAGUCACCCAGGAAUGAGAGGCGCACGGACAAAGGAACUGAAGGGUGGGAGAGCACUGCCACUCAGAGCUCUAACUCAGGGGGCUGGGGCGAAGGGCCCAGUCAAACCAGUCACUGCACCUCUGGGUGGGGAGAUGCUCCACAGUCUUCAAACAUCGAAUGGAAGGAUUCAAAGACUCCAAGUGGAUGGGUGGACCCAAAGAGCAGUCAAGGUUGGGGAGGUGGAACACCAGAAGAAAAAACACCAUCUUGGAAUGAUGGGCCUAGAAUCAAGGAGCCAGGUUGGGGAGCAAGACAGCAACAGACUCAAGGAUGGCCGGCCAAUAAUGGCUGGGGCGAUGGAAGUGGGCAACCAGCUGAACAACCAAAAUCAGGCGGCUGGGACAGUUCAAACCCGAGAUGGGGUGAGAGUGGCCGUGGUGAUGUAGGAUCUUGGGGAGGUGGUAGUAGUUCCAAUCCUAAUCAAAGAGGUGGGUGGGAGGACCCCCCAAGACACCAGGGAUGGGGUGAGCCAUCCAAAGCAACCACUUCUAACUGGAGCAAACAGCAGGAUGUGUCUGGUUCUUGGGGCACUGCCUCCAAUAGUAACCGACAGUCAGCACCAGGUUGGGGUUCAGCGCCUGUGCCCAUGCCUCCUUCUGCUGUCCCACCUGCAACCAUCCCAACUUUGCCAAAGGAGGAAGAACCUACUGGAUGGGAAGAGCCUUCACCUCAGUCCAUCUCCCGAAAGAUGGAGAUUGAUGACGGCACCUCAGCCUGGGGUGAUCCCAACAGCUACAACUAUAAGAAUGUGAAUCUGUGGGACAAAAACUCUCAAAAUGAGAGCUCUGGAAGUGGGCCGUUGCCUCGUGAGCAGAAUGCAUCAAAUGCAGUUACAGGACGUGGUUCCACAUCAAGUUCUGGUUCAAAAUCGAUGCAGGAUGGAUGGGGAGGUGGUGAUCGACCUGCUGUGGCAAAUACUCGUCCCCCAAGCUGGGAGGAAGAUGAUGAUGGGCCAAUGGGCUUGUGGAACAGUACUGGAACUCAGGAGAGUAGUUCACCCUACAACUCCUCUAACUGGCCCGCAAGUGGGAAGAAAAUGCACAAGAGCUCCAUGAAAGGUGGGAACAAUGACACAUGGAUAAACCCUCUCUCUACACAGUUUUCCAAAAUGGGAUUACUGAGGGAGUCUUCCGAAGACAGUGUUGGUAACAAAAUGGACUUAACUGUUGGUGGUCUACCAGACAAAAAGCUGGAAUCUGACAAAAGAGGAAUGAACAUGGAUUACAAUGGAAUGAUGAGGAAGGAUAGAUCGGGAUUCCGGCCAUCAAAUUCCAAAGAUUCGCCCACCACAGACAGUGGACCCUACUUUGAGAAGCUGACUUUGCCUUUCUCCAAUCAAGAUGGGUGCCUGUCUGACGAGGCACCUAACUCGCCCUUCUCCCCUCCUCCGAGUUGCAAGCUGUCUCCCUCGGGCACUGCUCUACCCACCGCCAAUCUCGGCUGCAUCGGCUCUGGUUUUAACAUGCAAAACCUAAACGCUAGACACAACGGCAAUCAUGGUUUAUUUGGCAGUAGCACAGCACAAUCCAGAGGUGUGCACACGCCUCAGGUGCCGUCCAUGAAUUCAUCCCAGCCUAACCUUCGGGCUCAAGUGCCUCCGCAGUUCCUGCCCCCUCCUCAGGUUCCUGCCCCUAUGUUGAAGCAUGCCACUCCAAAUGGUGCCCUGAACCCAGCCCUGUUUGGCCUCGGUCCUCAGCUAACCCCUCAACAAAUAGCUAUGCUCAGCCAACUUCCUCAGCUCCCACAGUUGGCUUACCAGCUGUUGCUCCAACAACAACAGCAGCAGCAGCAAGUGCUGCAAAACCAACGAAAGCUGUCUGCCGCCGUCCGACAACAACAAGAACAGCAACUUGUUCGUAUUGUGAAUGCCCUGCAGCAGCAACAGCAACAACAACAGCAGCAUCGACACAACAGCACCCCAGGGAUGAAGCAUUCUCCAUCACACCCUGGCAUGCCCAAGCAACAUCUGGAUAAUGUGCCUAGUUCUCUUCCCUCUGGCCUUCCAGACUUCCAGACCAAAGGACAGAUUCAGCCAGGCUACCCAAUGGGCAUGGGCUCAAACAUGAACGUAAACCAGUUAGAUGUCAACAGUAUUGUAGGAAUGAAAGAACCUCAGUCGCAGCAAUCACGGCUCAAGCAGUGGACGACUAUGGAUGGUCUCUCUCCUGCCACUCCACCACCAGAUCACAAUCCCUUGAAAAAUGGUGCUAUUUCGAGCAGCAUGGCGCCACCGGUGAAGCCUCGAGAUAGUUUGCCCUAUUAUGAAAUGAUAGCAGGUGAUUCCUUGGCCAGCCAUUCUGGUCCUGCGAGUGAUAACUGGUCCACCCCUAAGCUCUCAAAUGGUUCCAGCGGAUCCAGUUGGCCUCCAGAGUUCCGCCCUGGGGAACCAUGGAAGGGUUUCCAAAACAUUGACCCCGAAUCAGACCCGUAUGCGACCCCAGCGAGCAUGAUAAACAGCUCUGCAGCACCCCCAUCCCCGGACUCGGAACACCAACUUCUCAGGGACAGGAGCACAGGGUCCAGUUCCUCCCUGAACACCUCGCUGCCUUCACCCGGUGCCUGGUCCUAUAGUGCCUCAAACAGCUCCUACAGCACCGUACAGAGCACUUCAGCCAAGUUCAGUGACUUCAAGUCUACAUGGUCUCCAGAUCCGAUUGGACAUCCUAGGAUGUGGAAAAAUCAGAUGUCAUCUAAAAACACUAACCCACCAACACGGCCGCCACCAGGACUGACCAAUCAGAAACCUCCUUCAUCUCCAUGGGGUAGCGGAGCACCCCGAUUCAGCAGAGGAUGGGGCAUGCAGGAGUCACGAUAUGCCCUUAGUUCGAACUGGAGUGAUGGCAAUUCGGGUGGAUCUGGUCGGGUCAGCUCUUGGCUCGUUCUUCAUAAUCUCACUCCACAGAUUGAUGGCUCCACUCUCCGAACAAUCUGCAUGCAGCAUGGCCCGCUGAUAACAUUCCAUCUGAACCUGACACACGGCACCGCAUUGGUCCGGUACAGUACCAAGCAAGAGGCUGCCAAGGCCCAGACUGCGCUACACAUGUGUGUGUUGGGGAACACUACCAUCCUUGCUGAGUUUGUCAGUGAAGAGGAAGUCAACCGCUAUUUUGCACAAGGUCAGUUGUCAACACCUUCCCCAGGCUGGCAGACGUUGGAGACAGGACAGAGUCAGAUGGAUCCAGUCGGAAGCAGCCUGCAUACGUUCGGAGGUCGGGCCAGCCUGGGACAGUGGAACAGUGCCGGAGGAGUGGGCAGGGGUAGUGGGAACUUGGUGGGAGCCUCGCUUUGGGCAACCCCAAGCUACACGGCGAGCCUGUGGGGGGCCCCGAAUUCCGACGAUUCGCACCGAAUGGGCAGUCCAGCACCCCUGCUACCGGGCGACCUCCUGGGUGGAGGGGCUGAUUCAAUUUGAACUUUUAAGCUUUCAACCUUUGACCUGUGACCUCGUGAACUUUUUUGAACAGCAGCACUAAUGUGUUUUAUUUUCAAACUGCAAUAAGUUUCAAGACAAGUUUAAAGAAAAAAAAAAGGAGAAAAAAAAGAAAAAAGUGAAACAAAUUAAGGGGGUCAUCCACAGUCUCUUUUGUGCACAUAGACACCUCCCUCCUAAUUUUCGGCUACUUUUUUUUAAUCAAAAAAAAUAAAAAACUAAAAACAACAAAAAAAACAUAUCACACUUCAAAAUACUUGAAUCAUGAACGCCAACAUUAAAAAUGUGAAGUACACUUUACCAUCACACAAUAAAUAAGUUUUUUUUAAAAAGGUAGUAUAGUUUUUCCUUACAUGAUCUUUUUCUCCCCCCUCCGUAUUGAGAAGUUGUUGCAACAGGAUAUUUACUGAAAACUCAAAAGCAGGCUUUAAAAUUUAUUUUUUUUUGCACUGGGCACGUUUCCGUCCUCUGACAUGCAAUAGCGGAGACGUGGCAGAACCUCACGUAUUAAUGCUAGUGAUUGACCAGGGCGGGCAUUGAGCCUAGCAGUCAUUUAUUAGAUGUACAAGUUACUGGCUAUUACUAUGCACCCAUACCAGUGCUGUAUGUGCCAGUCCUUUACGGCUGGGACAUGGCAGUUACCAUUGUCAAACUUGCAUUGUGGGAAGGUGUGGGGUUGGAAUUCAGCACAGACUCUUAAACUGCACCCCUGACUACUAAAUACACCACCAAGACCACUACUAAAUCACACAGACCAGAGAGGUUCCAUUUGAUUUCUGGUCAGUGCUGAAUUAGCCUGUCUCGGCCACAGAGCCUGCUGUGCUAGGGCUUUAAAUUGAUCCCCAUGGCCACCACUGUACGUGAGGGUUGGAAGCGAAGUCACAGUUUUUAUUUGUGAUGACUGUCAACCAACCCUUUGUCGGUGUGGCUUUGAGGUGGGGUCAGAGCUGAAAUUAGCAGUAAUGCCUCUGUGGUUGAAUACCGAGCUCACACUCAUUGUCUAGGGUCAAGGAUGGAUAAUGGUUGCUUGGGCAAGGUUGCAAAGGGCUGUUAAGUCAAUGGCAUAGCAUAAUCUUAAGGAGUGGGGGGAGGGGGGGCGGGGGGAAGAUGGCAUCUCAACAGCAUUAACCUCCAUCUCCUGAAAGUGAUAUUAGGAUCAGAGAUGCCUCUGCUUGAUUAAGGUUCUGAGCAUAAUUUUGAUUAUCAAUUUCCACAAAGUUAGUUAAUCCAAGGAGAUGAUGUUUCACUCCAAUUUUGCCUGUUGCCUCCCUUGUCCAACCAAAGGUUGUCUUAAUUAAUUUUGGUUUAUAAUUGAGAUGUUCCCAGCCCUACGCUACCAUGCUGCUUAUUUUGCGCUCUAUUUAAGAUUUGGUUACUGUAUUUUUCUGUAGAAAAUUGUAAUUCAUUUAGUGAUAGCACAGCAAUAUCUUGACCACCACUAAAACGUGCUGAUCAAGAUAUCAUCCUGUUUAUGGUGUCAUGUCAUCAUCGUAUUGCUGACGUUGUGUGCUGUCAAUAGUUUAUCCUGUGCCACUGUUUAGUACCGCAGUAGUCUUUUUAUUUCCUUUCUUUUUUUCUCUCUCUCUCUGGGCUGAGCUGCCCUCUGAAUGCUACACUCAAAUGACAUAAGCACUUAAAACCAAUGUAGGUUAGAAAACUGAGUGUAGAGGUUUUCAAGUUAAAUUUACAUGUUGCACUCAGUUUCAAAGUGUUGUGGGGGGGGACUUGCAUUGUGUACUGUACCAAGCUUUUAAACCAGGGGGUUCCUGGCGGGUCAUUCAUUUCCCUGCCCUCUCCCUCUUGAGGUAUUCAAAACACUUAGCUAAUCCAAUGAAGGUGUUGCCGUAAUUUAAUUAAAAAAUCUCCUUUAAUAUAGUCCUCCCUCCUUUGUAUAUGUUUUAUGUUUUUUUUAAAUCUUUGAGCAGAAAUGUAGCUUUCCAAUUGGCUUGGCUGGCUUGAGCCUUCCUACGUUCACCUGUACUGCCUGUAAAUUGACACUUCCACAAAAUGGCUUGUCGCCACUCACAAAGCCUCAUCGGCACAAGUCUGCAAAACUGGUUUACAGCCAGCUGUUUACAUCCCACAGUCCCCAGCAACUCCACUCUUAACAAGAGCUUCUCUGUAACUGCACAGGGAUUUUGGAAUAGGACCGAGCUCUGGGGACAACCCUGCUUAUGGCUAUAAUAAUCCUUGCUGUGUGCAGCUCACUUUCCUUUCCCUACACCAUACAGGUUAUUUCUUUGAAGUUACAGUCCAUCUGUAACAGCAAGACAUUCUGUGGCCAUUCUGUGUACUUGCUGACCCUGAAGUAUGCAAACAAACGUUGCUGUAAAUCUAGGUUUAAAGUUACAUCAGACUGUGUAGGAAUAACUUUAGCAUUUUUUUCUUGUUUACACCAAACAUUGAGCAUGUCUGCAUGCGUAUGCAGCACAAUGAUGCACGUACAUUAAGGGAUCACAGCUAGGGUCCUAAACGGACCUGGUGUGUGACCACAUCAUCGAACAAAAAGUCCAAUUUAAACUUUAAUUUAAGGAUACUGAAAGUGUAUUUCUUUAAAAUGUUACAUCAGGCGUGUAUUAUGAAUGGGUUUGUGUUCAUCUCCUGUCCAAUUUUCCAUUAGUGACAGUUAUUACAGAUUUCGCUCACUCUGAAUUCAAAUAAUUUAAUCAAAUGUAUUGAGUACAGUUGUGCUGGAGACUGGCACGCAUCCUUAAAAAAUACAAACACACGCACACCUAAUAUACACACACACAAACCUUCAACAGGCAGCAGACUAAUUCAGUCUUGCUGCUGUACAGGCUGGUACUGGGUCCCAAUUAAUGGUAGAUAAAUGCCGAAAGCAGAGAGGAGGAACAGUACCUUUGUUCACUGGUCGAUCACUAUAUAAAAGUUAUAAACGUUUACGUAUGAAUGUUCUUUAAUAGUUUAAAAGCAGUGUGUGCUUUCCUUUAUUUCCUUCCCUUCAUGUUUAAGCCCCUUUGGGUAAAUUGAGCAAGAAAAGCAUUUACUUGUUAAGGAAACUAUAUAAAAAUGUUGUUAAUGUUGUUAUAAGUAUUGCACCUUUUUUCUGUUUUUUAAUUGCCCUCGUGUUUGGCUGUAGUGUUAUUUUUUUUCUUAUAGACAAAGUAAAGCAUUGUAGAAUGGGUGUGAGGGAGAAGGGUCUGCAUGGUAAUAACAAAUGAUGUAGGGGUAAGGGAAGGAACCAUUCAUUCUUUGAAAGUCUUCAUGGGUUUGGAGGCACACCCAUGUCAAGUCAGCUCAGUGAUUAAAAGUGACUGUAAUUAAAAGUUAAUUUAAUCCAGCUUCUGAUUCAAUCAGUCCAAUCUGUAGAAACCCCUUACCUUUCCCCACUCAUUCAGACAUAUUGUCACUUUGCAUUUACCAUGCUUCUCCCGCCCCUCCUCCCCAGUUCUAGCUCAUAUGCACACCCACCCACAUACGCCUCACUCCUGUGUGCUUGCUCAUCUUCCAGCACCUUGUGGAGUGAUAAAAAAUUCUGAAUGUUAGGGAGGUGUCCAAGUGUUUGGCCUUGUCCUGUUUACAUGAUCUUUAGGGCUGUGUCGAAUUGUUGAAUUAUUUUGAAGAAUCUUACAUUUUUAAAACAAAAAAAAAUGUCUAGUUUGAUUGAAUAGUCUGCUGACCUUUGGGUCUGGAAGAACGGGGAUACUGUACAAAAUUACUGGUCACUAUCUAAUCUAGCCACCUAUGCUCUGUUCAUUAGUGGAGAUUCUGGAUAUUGUUAUAGUCACCAAAGGCUGCAGAAUAUUUUUAACUCCACUGACUGCGGUAACAUUCACAGCAGCUAGUCCAAACUAAGGUGGAUAGAGGGUGAUGUUACCGGUACUCCAUCGCACUUAAUCCACAUUUCCCUUUUGAGAAUGUGGACUCUGAGACUGAUUUAUAUGAACUGUUCUAAUAACAGAUUUUUAAAAAUAUUUUCAAAUAUUGUUGGCACAGUCCUACAAAUUUUUCCAAGGCAUUGUAAAGUCUGAAAUCAGAGAAAAAAAACAUUGAACCGUUCUUCCACCAAAACAGGAUAACAAAAGACCAAAAAUAUGUGUUUCGUAUUUUUAGAUGAAAAACUCUGGGAGCAUUUGACAGUGUUGUUAUUAUUUUAGUUUGCAUUUUCUUUUUGUUUUGCUUCAAUUAUUUUACUUCCUCCUAAAAUUUAAAGAAAGUUCUCAGGAAUUUUUAGGGGAAAAGCCAGUUCCCGAAAUGUUGUUUAUUUUUAAGAGGGAAUAAAAAAAAAAGCUGAUGUUUGACUUUGAUGAGAUUUAGAUUUUUAAAUCUUUGUUGCACCAGUUCCAAACCUAUCUAAUUAUGAGAAUUCAACUUAAAUAGUGAUACCUCAUAGUGGUCAUAGAGCAGUCCUUCUGGAGAAUUUCAGUUAGAAAUAAUAUGCAUACACAACUUAAAUCACACUCAGUUUGACUGCAAGAGCAACUCUUCUCAUCCAGGAGAAGAUCAAGAUAAAGAAAGGCUAGGGUGGAGGGUAGAGGUUUACCCAAAGUCCCUUCUCAAUGUACAAAGACCCAUUGCAAAUUGGCCACCCUCUAGAUGGAACCUUCUACUCAAGUACAUGCGGCAACUGAGUUGCCUAGUAUCUACUGCUGUCUUGUCCAAAUCCUUAAGGAGCCAUUAGUGGAUCUAUAGUGAGUUUGGGAACAGUUAUUCUGGGUUAGUGUUUAACAUGCUGUAUGUUCACUGUGCUUCCCUGUUCUGAUUGAUCUUGCUAUGUGUAGGGGGGUGGGUGGCUAGAAAGGGCCCAAAUUAUUUUCAAACAGCAAGAGUUAUUGUUAGAUGAAAUUGCGGGGAAUUAUUGAUAAAAGAUAAGCACAAUUUGUUUCCUACUCCCCCUAUUCUGUUCACCAUCCUGGCUUGUUCCUUUUUGCAUGAUGUUCAGGGGCCCUGGUUAAGAACUAGCAAUUAUUUAAACUGUUUCGGAGCCAUUCUUUGUACUGUAAUGCUUCAGAAAGGUGGGAACUUUGGGAGCUCAGUGAAAGGGGUUAGAUUUGCUAUAUUACUGUUGUAGUAAGUGGUGUGUUUUAAUGGUGAACAGCAGCUUUGAGUAUUGCUCAGUUUGCAGCGGAGCAUUGGUACUUCACUCUAAAAUAGCAUCCUGAUCUCCAAAAUCUGGAUGACAUCAAAUGCUGCAACUGAAAUCAAUCUAGCUUCAGUUUCCAAGAUUGCAUAAUCCCUACCCCACCUCAUAGUUGCCCAUUAUUGAGAUGUUGAAGUGUUACAAACAUAGGUAUAUCCUGCAGCAAAUCUAUUGCUUAGUCACACACUCCACAGUAAUAAUCCUGAAAUAUCAUCUUUCACAGAAUAAUUUCCAGUGUUACCCCUAAGUGAUUUGAAGCAUGUUGCAAUGAUUUUCCUUGUCAUUUCUAGAACAAAUUCUGGUUUUGAUGUCACUGUUGAUGGUAUGAUUAUUUCUGAAUGAAUGUCGAAGUCCCUGAUUAUUGCUAAGCUAAUUAUUCAGUAAGUACACACCUACCUUUCUCAUGUUGGGUGUUGGGGUGGAAGCACUUGAACGUCGUUUUGCACCCCUCCCCCACCCCACCCUACACAAC